AUGUAUGAAUCAGCACUUUUCAUAAGGGGGCAAUUGAGAAAAACCGCAGGCGCAGGAACUUUGAAGCUGGUGAAUAAUUAUGGCGCUUUUCUUUUUGACUCAAUAACCUACGAAUUAUGUGGUACAGAAGUGGAAACUGUUAAAGAUCCAGGACUCGUAUCACUAAUAAGAGGAUUUUUGUGUUAUGAGAAAGGGGAUAAUAGUGGAUUAAAUGAAGCUGGAUGGAAUUUUCCUGAUGAACCAUUGCAAAAUGAUGAUGGUACAUUUGCUAUACGUAUACCCCUCAAACAUUUGCUCAACGUGUUUAAUGAUUACCCGAAAGCAAUGUGUGGAAAACAGGUGAUUCGGUUAAUUAGAGCUCGUAACGAUAGCAAUUGCAUGAUAGUCACAGCAGGAACAGGUGAGCAGAAUGGAGCGACAAAGGGGCAAAUUACAAUCAGUGAUAUAGAGCUGAGAGUUAAACAUGUGCAUCCAAAUGAUGAGAUUAAACUCAAUCUACUAUCCAUGAUAAAAAGUGAUAAACCUAUCUUACUUCCAUUCAGGAAAUGGGAAGUCCAUCAACUUCCAGUUCUUACGGCUGGAGCAACUCAGGAAUUAUGGAGCAUUAAAACGGGUGCUAUUGUGGAAUGUCCUCGAUAUGUUAUAUGCUGCUUUCACUCGGAUCGAAAAGACAACCCCACUAAAGAUCCAAAUUACUUUGAGAAUGUUGACACUUCAGAUAUACGUGUUUUACUCAAUGGUGAAUAUUAUCCCAAGAAAGAUUGCGACUGA